AUGGCCCUCCUGGCUCGCAUCCUGGCACUGCUGGUAGUGACCGUGGCCACCGUGGCCAUCAAGGUGGUGCCCAUGGACAUGGCCAGGGACUCCUUCGAUGACCAGUACCGGGGCUGCGGCCCUGCCAUGACCAAGGCAUUGCCAGCACUCUACAAAUUUGAGUUUCAGAAGAAUCCUCUCUUUGCCAAGACCUGGAUGAAGGCCGAGGCUGAGUGGCGCAAGAGGGGCUCCCAUGUGUCCCCUCUGGCUUCUCCAGCCCAGGCCGUUGCUGUCAUGGCCUACACAAUGAAGUACCUGUACAAGGAGUUCAACGCGGCAGUGCAUGUGGCCGGACGCUCCCGCCAGGAAUACCAGAACAACUUCCACUUCAAAAUGCUGCAUUUCCUGCUUACCCAGGCUCUGGUGACACUGAGGCAGGCUCAGAACGGGCAGUGUCACCAGGUGUACCGGGGUGUGCGUGAUGUCCAGUUCCAGGCACAGCAAGGCCAGAUGGUCCGGUUUGGUCAAUUCACAUCGACAUCACCGAGCAAAGAAGUUGCCCAGCAUUACGGGACCGACACAAUUCUCCAGCUCCACACGUGUCAUGGUGCGGACAUUCAGGCUUUUUCCUAUGAUCCUAGCAACCGAGAGGUGCUGAUCCCGCCAUAUGAAACCUUUCAGGUCACCCAAGUCAUCUGGGAUGGGAAGAGGACAUGGAUCUGGCUCCGCUCCAUCGGGACCUUCAGCAAAUACAAC